AUGUGUUACUAUGCUAGCACCGACUUUGCCUGCGGCGACUGGAGAUGGGGCAACAUGAAACAACGUUGUCCCCGGCAGCAUCGAAUGGGUGAAACGUGUGGAGCGAGACUCACGGAUCUUGACAAUUUGACCAAGGUGAAUGACGAUUGCAAAUUGUGUCAGGAGAUUCUGGUGAAGCGAAGACGCUUGCAGAAGGAGAAAGACAACAUCACCAGGUGGAAACGUGAAGGGACCAAGUUUCGAGCCAGCAUUGAAAAGGCUCAGCGCGAAGUCAAGCAGCUUGAGGAAGCGAUUGCCGAUAUGCAUUCAAAACGACCCGUGAUCAAGUAUCAGGUCAAAGAGGGCUCGCAGCUUCCGACCAUGCAUCCGAGACCAAAUGUCUGA